AUGUUACGGUAUUAUUUUUUUUUUCAGGUCGAAUAUGAGUCCAGUGUUCAACUCAAAAUUCGAGAAGAGCGUCUCCAAGAAGAGACAACACUCAAGGCUGCAAUUUGUGAGCAAAGCGAGACGGAUCUCAGAAACGCUGAAAUCAAAAUGUCCUGGAUCGUCGAGCGAGAUAAUAAAGCAUACGCAGAUAUUCGUAAAAGAAAAAGAGAAAUGGAUGAUAUUCAAGAAAGACUGGAAGUGUCCAAAAAGAGUGGAUACGUCAAUGAGAUGUUGAUCUCAGAAUUGCGUCGUCACGAAAUUCUACUCGAAAGUGCUCGUCGUCAUAAAAUGCAGAUGGACAAUGUCCGCCAUUCCUAUGAGAAAGAAUUUGAUUUGGCGAAGAACCAAGCGGAUCGCUGUAAAAAAAGAUGGAGACUAGCUAAAGCGGAAGCUGAACGUGUUUCGAGUUGCCGAAAAGAAGCAGAAUGGAAAGAAGCAGUGGAAUAA